AGAUGAAAAGGAAUCAAAGCAAGCUGCAGCACAGUUGAGUUUUUUCCGGAAAAGAGCAAAGGAAAUUUUUGUUCCGUGAAUAGUGUGAAAAGACGGCGUUCAAAGGCCCAGACUAUUACUUACAGAGUGGAGCAGAAAAACCUCGCCAAAACUCUUAGCCCAGUUCUUUGCUCGUAGUGCAUCAACUGAGUUGGUGUGUCGCGGGUGCGAAAAACGGUGUACGAAAAACGAUGUAAAUAAUGGUCUCCAACAAACCACCGACCAGCGAAGGAAACAAACGCACGGGCAAUCAAAUGGCGAACCGGCCGCGAUUUAAGCAGGGCAUGAUGAACAAGCAGCAGUACAACCCGAUGAUGAACAAUAUGCGGAACAUGAGCGCAAUGUUCAACGCUAAUCAGCUUGGCGAUGAUCCCGGCUUUGUCGAUUUCAACGAUGACUCAGUGGCAUCCAAUACGAACGGAACAGGUAACAGCAUCGGUGGACCAAACGCUUCCGGCUCGAACGUUUCGGAUGGGGGCAACAAGUCUGGUGCUCCAUUUGCCAAUGGUAAUCGACGUAUGAAUCCACCGAUGAAGCGCCCAAUGAAGAACGGUGGAGGAGCGCCGGGAGGAGGAAUGCGGAACCGUAUGAACGGUGGAGCGAACGGAAUGCCUAACUGGGGGGGUCAUCCGAUGCCUCCGCCAAAUAUGUUUCCGGGUCCGCCUGCACCGGUCGGUGGACGGCGAGGUCCGAUGAAUCCACCACCGAUACCACCACCCGUUCCACCGGCUCUGUUCCGUAACGGGCCGGGUAUGCGUAUGCGGGGACACCAGAAUGGAAGAUACGGUGCUGGACCGCCCGGACCGAUGUCACUGCUGUCGAUGAACAGACCGCUACCUCCACCAAUUCCACCAAUGAACGGACGCCAGAUGCCUCCACCGCCGGGUAUGGGACGAAUGAUGCCUCCGCCUCUGCGCCACGGUUUAGAUGGACCGAUGCGCCGCAAUAUGAAUGGCAGUAUGCAUGCGCGUGGAAUGGGUGGUAAGAUGGGUGGUCCCUUCGCACGGAACGGAAUGGUCCCUAACGGUGGUGCGAUAGGUUUGAACGGGAAGCGUGCACGCGCCAAACCGGCACAACCACCGAACAGGGAAGAAUAUCCACUGGACAAGCCGUGGGUGACGGCGGAAAUUAGGGCGGAGCACGACAAGAAAGCUGAUCUCGCGAAUCGCCUGAAAGGACAUCGAGAUGAUGCACUGUUUGCGCAGUUUAAGGAACAGCGGGAUAAGUUCGUAAAGAUGUAUGAAGCCGCACGCCUUGAGUACAUCGGGAAGCACCCGGAACAGGACGUAGAUAAAAUAUUAACAGCGCCUACUUGUAAAAAGGCGCGUCUCGAAAGUGUAGAAAAAGCAAAUGAUGCCGCAGAUAGCACCGCUGCUAAACCCGAAGAAACCAGCAGCAGCAGCAGCAAUGCACAGGUGGUCCCUGCAGCCUCCACUGUCAUUGCUACUGAUCCUUCGCCUGACUCUACGAACAGUGACACAAACGGCCACUGUGCCACUGCUUCCUCUGCUUCAUCUCCUUCUGCUACAGCUCCUACCGAUACCAAUGAUGAUAGUGCUGAAACCACACCCGUUUCUUCUAGCGACGGACAAUUAUCAACCGAAACUGGUGCAGAAAACCCCUCUACGGUUGCCGCUGCAGUUGAUAAUAGUAUCGCUCCCGUUUAAUGAUGAACAGCUAAUGAUCCGUUUUUGCGAUUAAUGGAGAAGGCGAACAUGAUCCUCUAGAAAAAUGCAUAACUAAACAUUUAUCGAAACUCAUAAUGAAACACCGCCCCCUCUUUAGUGGGGAAGGAAUGGCAUUUUGAAAACCCCACCAUACGGAAUGGUGUGUAUAGUAAUUAGUAGUGUAUUCGGAGUAUGUAAAUGAACGAAAUACCGAAUUUGUGUUUAAUGAUCGUUGCACAACGCGUUGGUUUUCUUUUGUGUUUCCCCCCCUUUUUUUUAUUCGCUAGACUGACAGGGCCAAAAUCCAAACUAAGCAUGAUGAUGUUUGAUUAUUAGAGGGAAACAAAAUAGAAUCCGAUAAAAUUCUUUAUAUCCAAACGAUGUAACGAGCACAGUUACUAACCUGCAGAGAUAAUCUUUUAACCAUAUAUAUAUAUACAUACUGUUACACACGUUGCACAUUUAGCACCAACCAAAUAACCAAACUAACAACAAACCGGAAACUAUCGAAACAACAACGCCUGUUUGCCAACAGCAGCAAUAUAUCGUACAGUAUAAUAGAUCCCACCAAAUGUCUAACGAUGUGUACUACAGAUGCCAGAUGUCUAUGGAAACGUACUCUGUAAUACCAAUAGUUAGCUUCAGUUUGACAAACAAACAACAACUUAUUACGAACGUCUCACGCAUAUACCAGAUAAUCGAGAGUAAUGGCGUAAAAAGGGAUAUAUCCUUGUGACUAUUACCAAGUAAUACGACUUUUAAUAUCUAGAAAAAUCAGGUACACACUUCGUAGGCCGCAACAGUAGUAGUAUUCAGACAUCAGAAUUGCUUGAGAUGGAAUUGGAAGUAAAAAAAAAACGAAAACUAUCAUCAGCGCAGGAAGUCGGCGGAAGUUUGUACGGAUUUGUAGCAAAAAUAUACAUAUAUAUCAGGAAGACAGAUGGCACCGUUUCUUACAACUGUCAUGGCUGGUAUGGUAUGGAGGAUCGAAUUUGCAAACAUGAAAAGGAACCUUCAUCAUAGGAACAUCGUCUGAACCCCCCACUGUUUUGUGCUAGCCACCACUAACUCUACUAAAAAGAAGUACAGAGCCAUGUGCCCCCGACUGAACCGCAAUACAGAACCGCUGUAACUCUGUCUAUAUAAUGCCGGCACUUACAAUCCUAUACAAUCAAUGCUAAGGGUUGAAACAUAUGGCAACAGAAGACGAAAUGAUGAGAAUUAUCACACUCUCGCUCGAAAUAUACCAGGGCAGCUAACACCACUAGCAGCUUCCACAAGCGCCCCAAACAUAAAGCUAGCAGUAGUAGCGAAGGAAUACUUGAAAUGUUGUAAUAACGGUCAUUAACGUUAAUCGAAAGCGUAAUACAUGUUCGGUUCUUAUGGUUAUAUUCUGUCGACAACAACUGCAUCACCAAUAGAUUGCCAACAUAAAUUAAUUUCAAUUUUAUUAGAUGGAAAUCUUUAUCCCUGGAUGUUGUGCGUUGUCUUAUGCUUUGCAUUAAGCGGUGGUAAACAUUAUAAUAAUUGUGGGGCGAUAUGUUUGAAAUUGAUUGCUGCUUAAGUUUAGAUCUUGUAGGAAAAUUAGCGUUGGUGCAAUAUUGUGCUACACAGCUUCUGUCUUGGUUUUCCCAUUCGUGUUCUAUUGGGUUGUGCCAAUGUUUUGCACACGCUUACUCACUCACUUUCGGUCGUUCAAGAUACUUUAUUCACCUGAAAUAAUUGUGCAUCGCAGAAGAAGUAUCGAUAGCAAUAGUCCAGCUAUGUAUGCGGCAUUUGAUUUGAUUUUUUGCAUUUCUAGAAUGGUACGAUCGCAUCUGUUUAAAGAACUUGCUUUUAAUGGCGCGAACGACUGAUUUUAACGUGGUCCGCUUGUGUUUCUUCUAUGGUUUAGCCGGUAGCGGUUUUGUGUUGCUCAUUGGAUUAGAUUUAUUUUAUUUUAGCGUAGUUUUGUGUUCCCUCCCACUGGCUGGACAACGUUGAACGCCUGCAGUCCUUGGUGCUGCAUCUUCUCAGGAUUUGCAUUAUGUUACUUAUUUAUGGUAAAGUUAGUAAAGCAAGAAGGUAAUAUGUUUUAGUCAACAUAGACCAAGAAACAGAAGAAAAAACACACACAGAUACGGAUGUAAAGUAUUUGCACCUAACAAUCCAGCGUGAUAUUGUUCUACUAACAAACAAACAAACAAACCCCUUCUUGCUCCCAAUACAUACACAUUACUCAUCGUUUACGUUGAACAUUAAAUAAAUGGAGUAAAUUUUGCCAAACGA